AUGGGUUACUCAACUGUGGUUACUAAGGUUGUCUGUUUGGCAAUUGUGUGUCUUGUGAGUUUUGGUCCUAAUGCUGGAGAAGCUGUGCCUUGUGGUCAAGUUGUGAACAGCUUAAUGCCUUGUGUUUCUUACAUAAUGAAUGGUGGGAGUGUGCCUCUGCGGUGUUGUGAUGGAGUUAAGGGUCUUAAUAACAUGGCUCGAACCCCAGCAGAUCGUAGAGAUGUUUGUACCUGCAUUAAGAAUGCUGUUACCUCAAGUGGUUUCAGUUACUCUAACACCAAUCUUGGCAAUGCUGCUAGCCUUCCAACUAAAUGCGGGGUUAAUAUUCCUUACCGUAUCAGCCCCAAUACCGACUGUAAAAGUGUGAACUGA